AUCUAUGAGUGUUUCUUUCAGUCUUUAAUCUUACUCCGUGCUGUGUAGAGGCAUAUUUACAAUAUAUACAACUUUUGUGCCGUAGCUUAAAUUCUUUCCCCGUUGAACUUUUGAUUGAUUGUAGGAGAUGCCCGCCGACGGAUUGAACAGCCCUCGAGUGCAGCAACGCAAGAGUGGAGGUGGCGGGGACGAGAAGAAUGGAUCGCCGUUUCCAGACAAGUACGACAUGCGCGGCACACGGGUGCUGAGCAUCUACAAGGGUCAGAUCACCGAGGUGCCCAUGGAGGUGUUCGAGGAGGCGCGCCAGGAGAAGGUGAACGUCGUGCAGCUAAAGGACAACAGGCUGGGCGAGGUGCCCAAGGAUCUCAACAUGCUGAGCAAGCUGCUCACCCAGCUGGAUCUGACCAAGAAUCAGAUCUCCUACAUACCCACCAGCAUGUCGCAGUUCUCAAAGUUGGCCCACUUCAAGGUCCCCUGCAACUUGCUGCGCGAUCUGCCCAUGGAGUUUGGGGGCCUGCAGAACCUCUGCACGCUGGACAUCUCCUUCAAUCGGUUCGAGCGACUGCCGCGCUGUAUCGGCGAUCUGCAGAGCCUGGAGACCCUCUUGGCCCACGAUAAUCACAUCAAGGACAUCGAUGCCAGUGAGGCGGGACUGGGUGCCCUAAAGAAUCUCCAGGUAUUGGAUCUGAGCCACAAUGAUAUUCGCCAAGUGCCGCCCAUCCUGGGCAACCAACAGAACAUUCGUGAGCUGUAUCUGAUGGGCAAUCCGCUCCGACAGCCGCGUCAUCAAAUUCUGAGCGCCGGAACGAACGGCAUCCUGGCGUUCCUCGCACUCGCAUCCCCCCUCCACAGUAGUUCCAAUCAAAUUAUAUGUUAUUGUUACUAAAUAAAAGAUCAGAACAAACGAACAUAGUACCC